CCAAGUUUGCCGCUGUGGUUAAACGUUUUGGCUUGCUUGGAGUUUCUGGCAUGUAGACUAGUUUUGGCUUAAUUUGAUCCAUUAUUUACGUCCCUUAACUAAACAUAAUUCGCAAAUUUCUAAUUUAGUUUCACAUAUUUAAUCAAUUUUUAUUAGUGAUGGCAAUAAGCCCAGAAUCAAAUUUCGACCUCAAAGCAGAUCCUGGAAGCGCAUCAUUUUCUGAUUCUGGUGUAAGCAGCAGUUUCUCUUUAAAAACUAAUGCGAGUGCCUCUGUCUCAAUCAUUCCUUCCCCUCCGUUAUCUGGAUUUCCUGGAUGCACAGAUUCAAAUGGUUCCCCAUCACUUGAUCAAUCAUAUCUAAAUUUCCCAAAUAAAACGUACCCAGGAUUUUCGGACUGUAGCACUUUACCUAUGUCUGCUAAUCAUCCAUAUCCUUUGCCGUCCAGACAUUCUUUUCCCCAGGGUUUUUUACCAAGUCCACCGUCAGCCUAUGCUUCAAGUUACACGUCUUCACAUGGUGUUUCAAAUUCGUUCUACCAACGUCAGGUUCCGUCUACUAUUUGUUCAGCUCCUAACAACAGCUAUGGUCUGUCACAGAUAUUUCCUCAUGAUAUGUUACAAAAUUCCAUGCUUGUCAACAGGGAUCAACACAACGGUUCUGUUGGUUCGUUAGAAAGUCAUUUUUCCCAACAUCGUGACCAUGGACAGUUUCCAUAUUCAGAUCCGUUCCAUUCUUCUGAUUUGCGUCCUCUCCAUAUCACUACUUCACCUCGCCAGUUAGGUCCUCACAACAGCCAUACUAAUAUGGGUGAUGUAACUUGUACAGAUUCUCUUGGAAAAAUUUCACCUCGAGAUUCUCCUAACGGCGUACCCGAUCAUUCUAUUACGCCUUGUGGAACAGUCAGCUCUGGUCCUGGGUCAUUGGUUAACUGCAGAUCGUCUAGAACCAUAGAAAGAGGUUCUGAAGUAUCUGCUGCUGAUAGUAAUUCUAACGUUGGAUCCAUAAAGGCAACAUUCACCCCUUGCAAGGUAUGUGGCGACAAAGCAAGUGGCUACCACUAUGGGGUGAUUUCUUGUGAAGGUUGCAAGGGUUUCUUUCGUCGAAGUAUUCAAAAACAAAUUGAGUAUAAAUGUUUAAGAGAUGGAAAAUGUCUUGUAAUACGUUUAAAUCGUAAUCGUUGUCAAUAUUGUCGUUUUCGUAAAUGUCUUGCUGCUGGUAUGUCAAAAGAUAGUGUACGAUAUGGUAGAAUGCCUAGACGAACACGUGGUUCUGACUGUGGAAGAGAUAAUUCAGACCAACUAAUGUCAAUACCGCAUAAUUCAUCAACAAAUUCAAUGAGAAUUGAUUCAACUAUUGGUAAUGGUAGUGGACAUGUUUCCGCUUUUAUUCCACCACCUUCGUGUACAUCAGAAUUAUCAGGUAAUUCAGCAGUAGUGGGAGCAGCGGCUGUGGCAACGACUACAACAACCACAACUACGACUACUGGUCGUUAUGGUGUAUGUAGUAGACCAGGGAAUGAUCAUCUUGGUUUAUAUGAAACUAUACUAACUAUAAGUCAAGCUUAUCAAAAUUUCUCUCCAUAUACCGAUGAAAAGAUUAAAAUUAUGCGAUGCAGACCAAUCACUUUGUCGAAUGUAACACGUGAAUUUUGGCCUGAAAAAGUGGAUGAGCAUCGAUUACGUAUGCAUGAAGAAUUAAGUCAAUUAUUAGCACCAUGUAUACAACAAGUUGUAGAAUUUGCUAAACGUAUCCCUGAAUUUAGUUCACUUGGUCAACCAGAUCAAUUAGUAUUAAUUAAAGCGGCAUUUUUUGAAGUAUGGCUUGUUCAAGCAUCACGUUUAAUAUCAACACAUGAUCGUAAAAUAACAUUGGCUGAUGGUAAACAAAUUACUAAACAAGAAUUAGAUUUUAUAUAUUCACCGAGUGUUGUGUGUUCAAUUUUCUCGUUCUCCGAAAAUUUCAAUUCAUUAGUGCUGAAUGACACUGAAGUUGCUCUUUGUUGUGCUGCUGUCAUCACUAAACCAAAUCGUUAUGGUUUGAUUGAACCGAAUAAAGUAGCCAUUAUGCAAGAUCAUCAUUUAGCUGCUCUUCGUAUGCAAUUAGAACGUAAUAGACCAAGAGAGUCUACCUUAAUUGGGCAAGUACGAAAUGUGAUUAAUCAAGCGACCACAGUUGGGGAUGAAGUACAAUUAUGUAUUCGAUGGUAUAGAGAAAAUUGGUAUCGUACACGAUUAGCACCAUUAUAUGCUGAAACAUAUGAUAUUCCACAUGAAGAUACUUCUACUGUACCUAUAUCUAAUCAUGGUGCAUCAACACCUCUUCCUAAUCCUUCUCAACAUACAGGUAAUUCAUAUCCUAUAUGCCCAAAUAUUUCGUCUGUUUGCCCACAAGCUAUUCCAUAUGGUGAUGUCACAAAUACAACACCAUUAAAUUAUGGUUCUUCAACAGCAUCUAUUCCACAAGCUGUUCAUCAUCAUUAUCCAAAUCAAUCUAUUAAUAGAUCGGAUAUUUCCAAUAUGAUACCAUCUUGUUCAAUUAACGGAAAUAUGGUUUACUGCAAUAAUAACAAUGGAAAUAGAAUUCAAACUGGUAAUAUUGAUCAUUGUUCUUCUGAUGGUCAAAUACACGAUGUUACUCAAAAACAAAACUCACAACAUCAAAUUCAUCAACAAUCACAUUUAAUUCCAGAUUCAUCUCAUAUGAGAGGAUCUUAUUCGUCAACUACAAAUUUAACAUCAUCAAAUUCUGAUUCACCUUUAAAUAAUCAAUCACAUGCAUUUUCUGGACAAUUUAAUUAUCAUGAUAAUUCAAUAACCUAUAAUCCAUCCAAUUCGAAUACAUAUUCAAAUUCCAGAGAUUGUUCUCCUUCUUCUACACAAAUGCUUUCAACAAACUACUUGGUGCCAUCACCUCAACAACAACACCAACGAAGUCAAGUAUCUGUUUUACAAUCAUCUCAAUACUCUUGUUCUUCAGCAAUAACCUCACCUCAACGUCAAGUCACCUCAUCAGUACAAUCAACAGGAAUGAUAUCGACACAAAAUCAAAAUGAUCAUAUGAAUUUAAAUAAAUCGGUAAUUUCGGUUAAAAACAAUAGUUCACGUUCUAAUACUCCUACAUCUUACAAUAAUAAUAUAAUUCAUCCUAGUAGUACAAAUGAAAGUUUGCCGCCUUUAUGGACAAAUAUGAAUACUGACAGUAAUAAUAAUAAUAAUGGUAAUAAUGGUCUAAGUGAUCAUGCAAUCAGUUCAAAUGGUGGGACACCAGAAAUCCAACAGCAAUCACAUCAUCAACAAUAUCAUACCUCACCAAUCUCACAAUCAGAUCUAAUGAAUAAUACUCCUGACACUAAGCAUAAUUUAAAUGCAUUAUCACCUAUGAAUGAAACUUUAUCAUGUGAACAACAAGAUACAUAGAUAUCUGGUGAAUUAUUAUAAUUCGAAAUUUCUCUCCGGAAUUAUAUGUAAAAUAAAACUUGUCAAUAAUGACUAUCCAAAUUCUUAUCAUUGAUUAACAUACAGAAAGAAAUAAAACAAUUCUUAAGACUUUAUUUUAUAAUCAACAUAUUUGUAUUCAAUCCUUAUCCUUGCAAAUUGAAUUCUUCUUCUAAUUCUCAGGGAAUUCUCUAAAAGAAACCAACAAUUUUAUUUCUAAGCAUUACAUAUUAGAAAACCAACAAAAACACACACACAUACACAAAUGUAAUGCAGUCAAUGACUUACAUGUUCAUCAAUUAUACAAAAUUACAUUCAACUACAUACAUACUUAUGAUGUAUGGAUACAUACAUGUGUUUACAUGUCACAGGGAUUAAUUUGUUGUGGUUCACUGUAUUUUCCUUUUUUUAAUUACAAAUAUUCAUCUCAGGGACACUAGAGAUUAAUUAUGUCUUUUAACUUUUUGUUAAAAGUUUUCACAUUUUCUUUUUUUGAAAAUAUCAUUGUCAUCAUUAUUCUCAUGGUUAUCGUUCUAAAUCCCUCAAUCUCUCCGCCCCUCCCUCUGUUCCUUUCCACCUAACCAACUCUUCCUAUUACUGCUAAUAUUAUCAGCGAAAUUAUUUAGAGUUUAAAAAAAACAAGUAUAUCAAGAUGUGGAACAAUAUUGUAUUAUGUUAAGUAGUCUUGAACUGUCUAUUCAACUCUUUGAAUGUAACAUUAUUACUUAUUAUUUCAUUUAUGACAUUUGUAUUUAACUUAUCUCAGGGCUUAUAACGUUUCAUUGAAUGUUCUACAAAUAUUUUAUGUAGCUAUAUUAUUAUUAUUAUUAUCACUUUUGUAUUACUCUGGAUAAAAGAAACAAUACCAUCAGGAUAUUAAGAGUAUAUGCAUAUACAUAUAUAUGCUAUUCUCAUCUUCUCAGGGUUAUUCAAUAUUCAACUCAGGUAUUUGUUUGUCUUAUUAUUAUUAUUAUUUCUAUUUCAAACUUUUCUUCUUCUUCUUCUUCUAUUCAAUGUUUUCAUAUACCACCUUCAUCAAUUAACUUAUGUUUUUCCUCCAAUCUUUAUCAAUAUGAUAAUGUCUAUUGUGCGAAUUAGUUAAAAAGAAAUGAAUUAAUUAGUUAUUGAAUAAUUUCACCUUUUACAAUACAAUUCUUCAGGGAAUUCAUAUAUUCUUAUAAUUAUUUAAGUUUAUACGCUUUAUAGUCUUAAUUUGUCUCUUUUUUUGUUCUUGUUGUUGGUAUCCAUGCGUUUGAAUGUACGACAUUUACAAUAUCAUUAUAUUGUUAUUUUGUUGUUGUUCACUAUUUCCUCAUUUUGCAUAACAUAUAUAAUUUACAAUUGAGUGUUAUUUUGGCUCUGUAAGAAUUCAGGUUCUUUUUUGUUUGUUUGUUUUCCAUUGUGCUUUCAAUGAUCAAUUAUUUAUUUAUUAUUUAUUACCCUCUCAUUACAACAUAAAUACUAAUCAGGUUUUGUUUAAUUAAAAUUAAUUAUUUGUUAGUUUCUAUAUAUCCCUUUUCAGUUUGAUCUUGAUCAAACUAUAAUAGUUUAUCAGGUAUAUAAUUAACUUACAAAAUUAUAUAUACAUAUGUAUGAACAUGUUAAGUAUUCUAAUUGUUUACUUAUGUUCUCCUUUUGGGUUAUUCUCUAUUUCUUUAUGUUCUGUUUUGCAUGAUUCUUUCUUCUUCUUCUUCUU